AUGUCUUCUCCCGCUACUACACCUGCUGCUGCUGCUGCUGCUGCGACCAACAACAACAACAACAACACUCCUUCUGGUCAACAACAGCAAUUGUCACCAGAACAGCAGCAACAAAUUGCUCAAGCUCAAGCCGCAUCCCCAGCUGGCGGUGCUACUGCUGCUGCUGCUACUACGACCAGCACCAAUGCUGCACCCUCUCCUUCAGCAUCAUUGUACGUUGGUGAACUCGAUCCCACUGUCACCGAAGCCAUGCUCUUUGAAUGUUUCAACAUGAUUGGUCCUGUGGCUUCUAUUCGUGUUUGCCGUGAUGCUGUUACUCGUCGCAGCUUGGGUUACGCCUAUGUGAACUAUCACAAUAUUGUCGAUGGUGAACGUGCUUUGGAUAGCUUGAACUAUACAUUGAUCAAGGGCAAGCCAUGUCGUAUCAUGUGGUCUCAACGUGAUCCAUCAUUGCGCAAGACCGGCUCUGGUAAUGUCUUCAUCAAGAAUCUCGACACCAGCAUCGACAACAAGGCGCUACACGACACCUUUUCCGCUUUUGGCAAUAUUUUGUCGUGCAAGAUUGCGUUGGAUGAGGCGGGUAAUUCCAAAGGCUAUGGCUUUGUGCAUUAUGAAACGGAGGAGGCUGCUGAAAGUGCUAUCAAACAUGUCAAUGGCAUGUUGUUGAAUGACAAGAAAGUUUAUGUGGGUCAUCACAUUCCUCGCAAGGAACGUCAGGCUAAGGUUGAAGAGAUGCGAUCCAAGUUCACCAAUGUCUAUGUCAAGAAUUUGGAUACUGAGGUGGAUGACAAGGAACUCGAAGAGUUGUUUGGCAAAUAUGGCAAGAUCACAUCGGCCAUUGUUCAAAAGGAUGAGGAGGGCAACUCCAAGGGCUUUGGCUUUGUCAACUUUGAAAACUAUGAACACGCUCGCAAGGCGGUUGAGGAAUUGAACGAGAAGGAAUACAAGGGCAAGGCUUUGUUUGUUGCGCGUGCACAGAAAAAGGCUGAACGUGAGGAGGAGCUUCGGCGUCAGUAUGAACAAGCCAAAUUGGAAAAGCUUGCCAAAUAUCAAGGUGUCAACUUGUAUGUCAAAAACUUGGAUGAUGACAUUGAUGAUGACAAGUUGCGUCAAGAAUUUUCCGUCUAUGGCGUGAUUACCAGUGCAAAGAUCAUGCGAGAUGAAAAGGGCAACAGCAAAGGAUUUGGCUUUGUAUGCUUUUCAGAACCUGAUGAAGCCACGCGUGCUAUCACUGAAGCCAAUGGACGUAUGAUUGGAUCCAAACCUAUCUAUGUGGCACUCGCUCAACGCAAGGAGGUGCGUCGUAGUCAACUGGAGGCUCAAAUGGCUCAACGCAACCAAUUGCGUAUGCAACAGGCUGUUCCAAUUCCUGGUGCUCCUGGUUACAUGCCACCUGGUGCUGCUCCCAUGUUUUAUGCUCCACCCAAUGGUUUCAUGGCCCAAGGUCAACGUCCCAUGUUCCCACCUAAUGGCAUGAUGCCUCGUCCUCGCUGGGCUCCACAACCACAACAAGGUCAGCAAAUGCCUAUGCCAGGUUAUCCACAUGGUGGUGCUCCUCAAGGCUUUGGAGGUCCAAAUAGCAUGCAAGGUCGUCCUCCUCGUCAACCACGUCCUGCUCGUGGUGGUGCAAACCAACCAGGUGGUGGUGGUCGUGGUGGUGGUCAAAUGGGAGGUCAACGUAAAUUCACUCAACAAGGUCGUGGUGCUGGUGCUGGUGCUCAACCUUCGAAUGGUGCUCAAGAACAACAACAACAAACCAAUGGUACGCCUCCAUUGACUGCUGCUGCUUUGGCUGCAGCUGCUCCUGAGCUUCAAAAGCAAAUGUUGGGUGAACGUUUGUAUCCCUUAAUUCAUGCUUCUCAACCAGAGUACUCUGGCAAGAUUACCGGUAUGCUUCUCGAGAUGGAUAACAGCGAGCUCUUGAAUUUAUUGGAGGAUCAAGCCGCUUUGGAUGCCAAGAUUGAAGAAGCCAUGGAAGUUUUACGCGCUCAUUUAGCCGCUACAGACGAACCAAAGGUAGAGACCAAGGCCGAGGCCUCUGCUUAG